UGGCCCUCUGCGCGCUGCGCCCGAAGCGGUGGUCGGUAGCUGUGGUGGUAGCGGCAGCGGUAACGGUUUCAUGGGGGCCGCGCGCGGCUCCGUUAGCGGCCGGCAGCGGACAGGACCCGGCCCGGAUGCCUGACAUGUCCCCUCUCCCACAGAACCGCGCUCUCUGAAACAAAGACUCACUUUGAAGAUGUUUAAUAAAUCAUUUGGAACACCCUUUGGGGGUGGCACAGGUGACUUUGGAACAACUUCAACAUUUGGACAGAAUACUGGCUUUGGCACUACUAGUGGAGGGGCAUUUGGAACAUCUGCUUUUGGUUCUAGGAACAAUACUGGAGGCCUAUUUGGAAACUCACAGACUAAACCAGGAGGAUUAUUUGGAACCAAUUCGUUUAGCCAGCCAGCUACCUCCGCAAGCACUGGCUUCGGGUUCGGUACAUCAACAGGAACAUCAAACAGCUUGAUUGGAACUGCAAGCACAGGGACCAGUCUUUUCUCAUCCCCAAACAAUGCCUUUGCACAAAAUAAACCAACUGGCUUUGGGAAUUUGGGAACCAGUACUAGCAGGGGAGGACUCUUUGGAACUACAAAUACCACCUUUAAUCCUUUUGGCAGCACAUCUGGCUCCCUCUUUGGGCCAAGUAGUUUUACAGCUGCUCCUACUGGGACUACUAUUAAAUUUAACCCUCCAACUGGUACAGAUACUAUGGUCAAAGCUGGAGUUAGCACUGACGUAAGUACCAAGCACCAGGGUAUUACUGCUAUGAAAGAAUUUGAAAGCAAGUCACUAGAGGAACUUCGCUUAGAGGAUUAUCAGGCUAACAGGAAAGGCCCACAGAAGCAGGUGGGAGCCGGUACCACAACUGGCUGCUUUGGGUCUUCUCCAGCCACUUCCAGUGCAACAGGAUUCUUCAGCUCCUCCACCACUAAUUCAGGCUUUGCAUAUGGUCAGAACAAAACUGCCUUUGAAGCUGGUACAACUGGAUUUGGAACAAAUCCAGGUGGUCUCUUUGGCCAGCAGAAUCAGCAGACUCCCAGUCUCUUCAGCAAACCAUUUGGCCAGGCCACUACCACCCAGAACACUGUCUUUUCCUUUGGUAAUACCAGCACCCUAGGACAGCCAAGCACCAACACCAUGGGUUUAUUUGGAGUAACUCAAGCCUCAGAGCCUGGAGGUCUUUUGGGGACAGCUCCAAACACCAGCACUGGGACAGCAUUUGGAACAGGAACAGGUCUCUUUGGGCAGACAAAUACUGCGUUUGGUGCUGUUGGUUCGACCCUGUUUGGCAAUAACCAGCCUACUACAUUUAGAAGCGGCGCAACCAGUACACCUUCAUUUGGUGCAACCAGUGGCGGGCUCUUUGGUUUUGGCACAAAUAUCAGUGGGAAUAGUAUUUUUGGAAGUAAACCAGCACCUGGUACUCUUGGAACUGGGCUUGGUACAGGAUUUGGAACAGCUCUUGGUGCUGGACAGGCAUCUUUGUUUGGAAACAGCCAACCUAAAAUUGAAGGGCCUCUUUGUACAGGAGCCUUUGGGGCCUCUGGAUUUAAUACUAUGGCAGCCACUUUGGGCUUUGGAGCCCCUCAGGUCCCAGUAGCUUUGACAGAUCCAAAUGCUUCUGCUGCCCUGCAGGCUGUUCUCCAGCAGCACAUCAACAGUCCAACAUACUCACCUUUUGGAGACUCUCCUCUCUUCCAAAAUCCCAUGUCGGACCCUAAGAAGAAGGAAGAGAGAUUGAAACCAACAGAUCCAGCAGUCCAGAAGGCUCUUACUACACCUACUCGUUAUAAACUGACACCCCGCCGUGCCACUAGAGUCCGGCCAAAGGCUUUACAAACAACAGGCACAGCCAAGUCGCAUCUCUUUGAUGGGCUAGAUGAUGAUGAACCAUCCCUAGCUAAUGGAGCAUUCGUGCCCAAGAAGAGCAUUCAGAAGUUGGUUUUGAAGAACCUUAAUAAUAGCAGUCUCUUUUCUCCUGUUAAUCGAGAUUCAGAAAAUCUAGCUUCACCAUCGGGGUGUCCAGAAAAUGGAGAGAGAUUUUGUUUCCUGAGCAAACCUGUUGAUGAGAAUCACCAGCAGGAUGGAGAUGAAGAUUCCCUUGUAUCACAUUUUUAUACUAACCCUAUUGCCAAACCUAUUCCUCAAACCCCAGAAAGUGCUGGAAAUAAACACAACAGCAGCAGUUUGGAUGAUACCAUUGUUAAGUUAAACAUGCGUGCUGCUUUGCGAAAUUGGCUGGAAGGAAGCAGUGAAGAAACGUCUUUUCAUGAUGAGUCACUUCAGGAUGACCGAGAAGAAAUAGAAAAUAAUUCUUACCGUAUGCAUCCAGCAGGUAUCGUUCUCACUAAGGUUGGUUACUAUACUAUUCCAUCUAUGGAUGACCUUGCUAAAAUUACCAAUGAAAAAGGAGAGUGCAUUGUCUCUAACUUCACUAUUGGUCGGAAAGGUUAUGGUUCAAUCUAUUUUAAAGGAGAUGUGAAUUUGACAAAUCUAAAUUUGGAUGAUAUUGUGCAUAUCCGAAGGAAGGAAGUAGUUGUCUACGUAGAUGAUAACAAAAAACCACCUGUGGGUGAAGGACUAAAUAGGAAGGCUGAAGUUACAUUGGAUGGAGUUUGGCCAACAGAUAAAACAUCUCGUUGUUUAAUAAAGAACCCAGAUCGCCUUGCUGUUCUCAACUAUGAAGGAAGAUUGGAAGCAGUUUCAAGGAAACAGGGAGCUAAGUUUAAAGAAUACCGGCCUGAAACUGGUUCGUGGGUGUUUAAGGUCUCCCAUUUUUCUAAGUAUGGCCGUCAGGGUUCUGAUGAGGAGGAGGAGGAGCAUCCAUCUAAAACUAGUACAAAGAAGUUGAAGACUGCUCCUUUGCCUCCUGCAGGGCAGACUGCCCCUUUCUAGAUAGUUCUUAAUGGCAAACCUGCACCUCCACCUCAGGUAGAGAAAGGACAGUGAAUUUGAAUGGAAUCCAUGAUACAGAAGUUGAAAGCAAGUCAUUCAGCUAAUACAAAGCUGUUUUAUGACGCUUGGAACUUUGAAGAGUACAAACAUCGGCAGUCACAUUGAAACAAGUACAAGGGAGGGCGUGAGGUCAUGCAGGCAUCUGUCUUUUUAUUUGAGAGAUUUAAAGAAUUCUCUUGCUGUUUGGAUCAUUCCUUUACAGAUUGUCAUUCUUAAACCUUUUCUUCUCUCUCAUUCGGACUUGCUGAAUUCUCUGCUCAUUGAUUAAGAUUUGCUCAUGUGGGUUCAUGCACAGUAAAUUCUAUGUCAGUUUAAUCUUUUUCUUUACCUCCAUGUUUUUUUAAAAGUUAAAUUAGCUUUCUGGAAGGUUUUUUAAUUUCCAUUUUUUCAAGUUGUUUGCUUAUACUUCAUGUAACCUUGAUAUUUGUAUUUUAAUACAUAGUCUUUAAGAAAAUAGACAGUUUUGAGAUGUAAAUGAAUUAUUUGGCUUGGGGAGAUCAGGGCCUGUAUUGUUUAUUGCAAUUAUUUGUAAUAUUGAUAUGGGAUUUCUUUGUAAACCAUCCUCUACCUCUCUGCUGUUGAAAGCUAGACCUUUGGAAUUUUCCAUGCUAUAAUUCUUAUAGCUGCUGAAAUGUGUGGUUUUUAUGAUUUAUUAAAUAAUCUCCUAGGAGGCUUUUCUGGAAAAAAAAGACUCCAAUGUUCUUUAUUAUACUAUUAUAGGAUACUAAGAGGAAUAAAGUUAAUAUGAAGGAACAAUCAGAAAGCUUUGGCUGAAAAGAAUUAUUUAAACCACUGUAGAAAACUUGUCAAGUUAUGAAGAAGGAAGUAGAACCAAUAUAAACUUGUGGGUUUUUCCAUUUAUGUAAAUCAAUGACAAGAGGUCUGGAAUGUGCAAUUGUCUUGCACAUAUUUUGUUCUUUCACAACAGAUAGAAAUAAAGGCACCCAGCCUGCAGGAGAAAGUUUGGAAUCACAGGUCUGACAUAACUCUGCUUGUUGUUUACUCUCUCCUGUGGCUAGCCUGACCUGUAAAUCGCGAUUUAGAUUCCAGCUGAACCUCCUCCAGUGCCAUGCAAGUACUCAGUGGUGUGUAAAAAUUCUUUGGAAGUUACUUAGAUGAAUAUAUAAUGACUUUUCAUACAUUCAAAAUACGAUUUCUUUAUUUAACUCACAAGAGAGGAACUCUAAUCAUGGCAAUAUUAAGUGCUAUAAUGAACCACAGGGUAGCAGAUGGGCCCUAGGGUAAACAGUUUCUGUACUAUUGAUUUACUUACUUGAUUUCCUUGUAAAACGUUCGUGACCUGGACCAUUGCUGUGGAAUACAAAUGCAGGUUUUCACAACAAGUCAGGCAUGAAGAUUAUUUCUUUAAAAGAACCUGAGUGUUCUCCGGUAAGCCAAAGGAAGACUAGUUAGUGUCUUCUGCUCUGGAAAUCAGUGUUUUGCAGUUUGAUCAGGUUUGUUAGAAUGAUUUCUCUGUAUGAAUGAUAGAGAAUGAUAGAGUGCCACAAAUUCUAUCAAGACACUGUCCAUUUUAGAAACUUCUAUUUAGAGCUCACUGUCUGCAUGACAUUCUGUUGUAUAUGUUUGUGACCUGAAGGUAUUAAGAUAUGAUUCUCUCCUGAAGGAAAUAUACAAAAUGUACAAUAGCUAUAUGAUUACAGAAGACAGUCAAACAUAUAAGAUGCAAACUUAAAUGUCCCAGGGCCCAGGCAGAUAAUGUCACUGUGUUGAGCUGCCUGCUAUAUGACAAUAAGGAGUGGUGGGGACUGUGCCCAACUGUAACAUUAAUUAUCCUCAUAAGCUCAAAUUCAUAUUUUAAAAAAACUGCUCUGCUUGUCAAGGAAAAAUAUACAUCGGGGCAACAUUAAUCCUAUUGGACUCUUUUUGGGUGCACAUACUCUUGUUCGAGUUUCUAACUGCCAUGUGAAGUUGACUUAAUUGACACAAUUUUGCAGAUAAGGUAGAGGCUCUACAAGGUCAAGGUCUUGACCAAGGUGACUUGAUUAAGUAGGAGGGCAAAGAUAAGAAGCUGAAAUUCGGUGGACCCAAUCCUGGUUAUUUUAAAUUAUAUAUAUAUAUAUUUUAUUGCACUUUAGGUUCUGGGGUACAUGUGUAGAACAAGCAGGAUUGUUGCAUAGGUACAUACAUGGCAGUGUGUUUUGCUGCCUCCAUCCCUGUCACCUAUAUCUGGCAUUUCUCCCCAUGUUAACCCUCCCCAACUCUCUACCAUCUGCUGUCCCUCCCCUAGUCACCCCCAGCAGACCCAGUAUGUGAUGCUUCCUUUCCUGUGUUCAUGUGAUCUUAUUGUUCAACACCUGCCUAUGAGUGAGAACAUGUGGUGUUUGAUUUUCUGUUAUUGGGUUUGCUGAGAGUGAUGAUUUCCAAAUUCAUCCAUGUCUCUACAAAGGAUAUGAACUCAUCCUUUUUUAUGACUGCAUAGUAUUCCAUGUUGUAUAUGUGCCACAUUUUCCUUGUUCAGUCUAUCAUUGAUGGGCAUUUGGGUUGGUCCCAGGUCUUUGCUAAUGUAAACAAACAGUGCCGCAAUGAACAUACAUGUGCAUGUGUCUUUACGAUAGAACCAUUUAUAAUCCUUUGGAUGUAUACCCAGUAAUGGGAUUGCUGGGUCAAAUGUAAAUUCUAUUUCUAGGUCCUUGAGGAAUUGCCACAUUGUCUUUCACAGCGGUUGAACUAAUUUACACUCCCAUCAACAGUGUAAAAGUCUUCCUGUUUCUCCACAUCCUCUCCAGCAUCUGUUGUCUCCAGAUUUUUUAAUGAUUGCCAUUCUAACUGGUGUGAGAUGGGAUCUCAAUGUGGUUAUGAUUUGCAUUUCUCUAAUGACCAGUGAUGAUGAGCAUUUUUUCAUGUUUGCUGGUCUCAUAAAUGUCUUCUUUUGAAAAGAGUCUGUUCACAUCCUUUGCCCACUUUUGAAUGAGUUUGUUUGUUUUUCCCUUGUAAAUCUGUUUUACUUCUUUGUAGAUUCUGGAUAUUAGCCCUUUGUCAGAUGGGUAGAUCGCAAAAAUUUUUUCCCAUUCUGUUGGUUGCCAGUUCACUCUAAUGAUUAUUUCUUUUGCUCUGCAGAAGCUCUGGAGUUUAAUUAGAUCCCAUUUGUCUAUUUUGGCUUUUGUUGCCAAUGCUUUUGGUGUUUUAGUCACAAAGUCCUUGCCUAUGCCUAUGUCCUGAAUGGUUUUGCCUAGGUUUUCUUCUUGAGUUUUUAUGAUGUUAGGUCUUAUGUUUAAGUCUUUAAUUCAUCUGGAGUUAAUUUCAGUGUAAGGUGUCAGGAAGGGGUCUAGUUUCUGAUUUCUGCACAUGGCUAG